CAACAUUUUAGCAAUCAGCUGAUUAGAAACUCAAACUUUGAACCUGAUGUUGACUUGGUAACUCUCCGUAAGUCCUUAACUGUCACUUCCUGACUUAGUAGCACGGUGAAUUGGUGAGCGCAAAUGUCUUCGUUGUUAAAUGCACCAUAUCAUGAAAAAAUAACCAAAUAAUACCUACUUACAUUUGAGGACUUCACCUUGGUUGUCUCGAUUCUGCUUCUGAUAUAGAAUUUAUAAAUCACACUACACCUCCAAUUCAUAAAAAAUGGGACAGUCUGCUUCUUCAAAUGGAAAAGUCAAGCAACAUCUUGAAACAGCUUCCAAGACUGGAGCUUUGGUGCUAACAGACCGCAAACUUACAGAAGUUCCUGACCUUGGUGCUGUUGCUGGGUCUCUCCGCACACUAGAUCUCUCCAAUAACAAGUUAACAGCUCUUCCUCCCACCAUCACCAACAUCUCAACACUCAAAAAUUUCCAGUUGAAUAAUAACAAAAUUAGCAGCCUUCCUGCAGACAUCGGUCGCCUGGGCAAGCUUGAGACUUUGUCUGUUCAGCAUAACUGCCUUACAGCGCUACCACCCAGCAUAGCUCAGCUCAACCAUCUCAAAACUCUUGUGCUAAGUGGGAAUGGGCUGGAGCAGCUACCAGUGGAAGUGUGUGGACUGCCUCACCUGGACCUCUUAGACCUCUCCUGCAACCGCAUCACCGCCGUCCCUGACGCUGUGGCUACCCUUAAUGCGCUAGAGCUCAACCUCAACCAGAACCAGAUUUCCAGCAUCUCAGACAAGAUGGGGGAGUGCCCUCGGUUGAAGACGCUGCGUUUGGAAGAGAACUGCCUGCAGUUGAGCGCCCUGCCUCUAGGGCUGCUCACCGACUCGCAAGUGUCGUUGCUGUGCCUCACUGGUAAUUUGUUCAGCUCGAAGCAGCUCGAGGAGACCGAGGGAUAUGACAAAUAUAUGGAGCGUUAUACCGCCACCAAGAAGAAGAUGUUCUAGAGGAUCAUGAUGUGUAUAUGGAGCGUUAUACCGCCACCAAGAAGAAGAUGUUCUAGAGGAUCAUGAUGUGUAUAUGGAGCGUUAUACUGCCACCAAGAAGAUGUUCUAGAGGAUCAUGAGGUGUAUAUGGAGCGUUAUACUGCCACCAAGAAGAAGAUGUUCUAGAGGAUCAUGAUGUGUAUAUGGAGCGUUAUACUGCCACCAAGAAGAUGUUCUAGAGGAUCAUGAUGUGUAUAUGGAGCGUUAUACUGCCACCAAGAAGAAGAUGCUCUAGAGCAUCAUGAUGUGUAUAUGGAGCGUUAUACUGCCACCAAGGAAAAGAUGUUCUAGAGGAUUAGGAUGUGUAUGGAGCGUUGUACCGCCACCAAAAAGAAGUGUUAUAGAGCUGAGUUGUUUACUAGAAGUCACUAAAUCAUUACACGAUAACAUUACAGAGCACAAGAUGCUCUAAAGCGUCACUGAGCAGGAAUUUUUUUAAUAAAUGUCGUGCAGGACCAGCAAAAUAUGUUCCAAGAUGGUCUGCACAGCAGUAAAGCGCAAACUGUUCGCCAGAGGUGUACGGAACAGCAUUUCUUUGUGAAAAAUAUAAAUCUCCACUUCUGAUUGUCAUUGAUACCAAGCGUCAAAUUCUUGGAAUCUGAAAUAAAUUUUCUUAGUAUAUUUGGUAGAUGUUUCGGAUGUUGCACCCAAGCCACGAUGGCGCGCUGCCACCUUUACCCUGUCUUUGCAUUUCUUUUUACCUUUUAAUAAGUUUUACUCUUCCACCACAUCGCGUGUGUAAAGGUUAUUUAUAUAUUGUGGUUUGGAUCGUCCACUCCAUGUUUAAUGUGCUACCGCUUCUCACAUUUCUCCAUUUUUUCAUUAUGAAUAAUGGGAGACUGUCUCUGUCAGUACUCGCCAAAAAUCACCUUUACACUCUAAUCCUAGAAUAAUCACCUUGACGUUCAGUCCUAAAAUCACCUCGACAGUCACUUCAUAAAUCAUCCCGACGCCAAAAAUCACCGUCGCCGUACCUCUGCUAGUGGUUGCGAUCAAACCUGUCUCUAAGAUAUUGUGAUCGAUGAAUUUAUUAUGUCAUUCUAAGAAAGAAUUAUUUUUAAUUUUAAAAUUGAGUUGUAAGUUGAACGCCCUUUUCAAUGAUCUGUUUUACUAGAAGUACAUGUAUCAAGUGAAAUAAAUGUUUGUUAGGCAUUUUGCUGCAAACUUUAAAUAAAAUAAGUUAGGUAUCAUGAAACGAUUUUAAUUGGAAAACGUCAAUGUGUUAUGACGUAAAACUAAAAUUGUAAAUCUUCCUUAUUUAAUAUUUUCUCGAUUUAUUUAUCUUGAAUGUUAAUUUUCCGUUGUUGAUUUUAUUUAAUGUUUACUUGAAAAUAUUAAUGUUCCAUUAUGUUUAGUGAUUCUGCUAAAAGCUGUAUAUUAUUUGUAUCUAUAUUUAUAAUGAUAUGCUGGCGUAAAUCCUGUAUUGCUUAACAUGUUAUGAACGUGUGAGGUGAAACAGUGAAAUUUGUGUCCUCGGCUUUAUUUCUACAAGCGGGCGAAAAAAUUGCUAUGUCUUGGAUGUAUUAUUGCACUUUCCUUGAAAGUAUUUGUAGAAUUUAAGAUGAAAACUAGAAAGUUCAAUCAAAUUACAAGAUUAAUUCUGUACUUACACGGCAGGUGUUUCUAAAUUGAAUUUGUCAAGCGCGCGAGUCUGGUCAGUAUAGGUCGGAAUGCCUCACCAUACCAUGAGACUUGAAAUUUAUUUGAGUUAGUAGAUUGUUAAUUAGAUAGUUAUCUGGGUUAACUUCAAUCCACUGUCUAUUGUGUUGCUAUCCGACGUGCCAAAUAAAAAUAUCUUGUAUGAG